AUGGAAUGGGAUGCCAUGGGAAUAAAAUUUGAUGACCGGCAACUGCAUCACGCUUCACCAACGACAUCAUGCUGGCCAAAUUCGAGAUCUGCGUGGAAAGGUCAGUCUGAAGCUGAAUCGGACGAAGACGGUGCGUAUAAAAAACAGAUGGCUUCAACGAGUACCAAACGCUCAUGUUUUCCUUUGUUUUGAUC